CUCGUCUCUCCACAGGCCUGCUCUGCAUGCCUAUCUGGACAAUCUUCUCUCAGUAUGAGAAAGAGUAUGCCCAUCCAAUGCGGAUGAAUGUAUUCCGGGUCAUGAAAACUGCCUACCACAUGUUGUACCCAUCAAAAGAGCCCUCCACAAUCGACGAGAUAUCAUCACAACCCCUAAAAAUUGAGUAUACAUUCUCAGAACAAAAUCCAGGACCCCCAGACCUAUCGAGCCUUGUCAUCCAUGUUAAUCGCUUUUCUGUCCUGUUCUGUGACAUGCAGAUACGAGACAAUUGGCAUAAUGACUGCAUUCCCGUCCCUAUGGGAUACAAUGACGGAGAGUUACUUUGCACGUAGGAUAUGGAGACAAUUGCAAGUUGAGAGAUACCAUCAACGUGUUUCACAACGACAGGUUCCCGGUGGCACAAACACCAGAUUACCACCAGCUUUCUGGAAGUGCUCUAUAUGCGCCUCUGAUCUUAUCCACUGCAACAGCUGUCAGGUUGCAUCGUGCGAGUCGCAUGAUUGCCGCGGAUCUUCUGAACCCCCGCUCGCGCGGUGCAUCACGCAUCCAAACAAAGUGCUAUGUCUCCCAUGCCUCGAGUAUCAGGACUCUCAGCGGCUGGUACAAUGUCCACAGUGCAACUCCUGGUGCUGCACGAAGGAUCAGCUAUCAUGUACUGGUCGUCCCGUUGGCAUCGAGUCCGAUUCUUUCUCACGGGGACGCUGGUCUAAUGUACGUCUCAUAAUGGCCUACUGCAAUCACGGACGCGUUCACCCUCCCAAGCCUAAGCCCUGCCAGGAAUGCACACCACCCGGCUGGCGGACGUGCGCCAACAUUACAUGUUGGUCUAAACAUAUCUGCCCAGAAUGCGCGAGCUGUGGCGUGAUGUGUUCGUGCGAGAGUGUGUGGGCUUGCGACCUCUGUGCAGAACUGGUACAUGGAAUCUUCGUUCGAUGUCCGCGCUGUAACCGGCCGUUCUGCAUCACUUGCUUCUCCAUCAACCAAUGCAAGGAGUGUCGCCGCGUGAGCCUGUGCUACGACUGUGCUGAAGAAGCGCCAGAUGCAGAUGAUGCAUCGCCGGCUGAAGUUGCCUCGUCAUGCGAGAGCUGCGUGGGAGGUGUGCGAAUGCGUAGGAUUUAUUCAUGGGAGUCACAGUGGAGGUAAAAUAACUUAGUCUCAGACUGAGGGGACCAGGCUCGCAAGCCGAAGCGGUCCGAGCCAGAGAUCAGGAUAGAGGCUUGCUAAGCAC